AUGAACGAUCUCAGUGUAGUGAGUGGUACCGGUGCAGUGGUGAGCUACUUCCAGCAGUUCUUCUAUCCCAGCAGCGGGCAGCAAACACCGACACCGAGGGUACUGCAUGGUGCACGUGAGUUUCCAAGUCCACUAGAUCUGUCCCUGCGUCCGUGCACCAAUGUGCCCAUGACGCCACCGUCAACACCCUCACCACCGAGAAAACGGCUGAAGUCGUUUGAGGAAUCGGCGACGGUCCAAGCGUUGGAGCCUGAUUGGCGUCCGCAGCAGUUGGUUCAGUUGACGCCGAAGAACCAAUUCUCCGAUACCGUCUGCAUCGACGACAAGCGAUACUACGCCAAUACGACACUAGGUACUGGUGGAAAUAGGAGCAGUAGUGAGACUGGAAACUUCCAGUACUUCCAUGACCGUGUACGCUAUCCGGCAGUAACCGAGGUAGGUUCUGCUUUAAACAUACCAGCCGAGACAGUACCGUCGAUAGAUACUGAUGGCGUUGAAGAUGAUGGUGAUAAGGUCGAGGAAUUUAUCGAUAUUACCGGUGGUCCCGAAGAGUGCGAAACACUGGAACGAGACGAUCAGGAAGAGGAGGACGAUGAAGACGGUGCUCGCUUGAGUCCAGCCGUCGACGUGCAUUCCGAUUGCUCCAGCAUCGAUGUGGAAUCGUUGGAGAACGCAGACGAUCAAGACAGUAGCGGAUCGAUCAAUAUCGUCGAUAACGAGGAGAACCAGGACCCGCACGAUGCGGUCCUGGUCGAUGGUAAGCAGUACUUUGAGGACGAGCGCCUUCAUCUGCAAGCAAUCGAAGGAUUCGCUCGACUGUUCGAGCGUAGUUUUGGAGGCUUCAGUUCAGAGAAGAACUCAGCGGCUCCGCACGGAAAGCCAUCGCGCGGAACUUCCAAAGCCGAACGAAGGCGAAACAAGACGCGCAAACAUCCGAUCGACGAUGAUAACUCCAGUCCCGUGUCCGGUACGAUCAUCCGGAAGCUGCAGGAUGGUGAGGAGCUUGUCGUGCGGAAGGGUGACAUCGAUCCGGCCUUCAAUGUGGUCGAGAUAACGGACGAGGCGAAGGAGAUACUGUCGAAGAUUGAGAACAAGAUCGGUUCGUAUCUGUGCCAGCUGUGCCGGGCACUGUACGACGAUGCGUUCGGGUUGGCGCAGCAUCGAUGCUCACGGAUCGUCCACAUCGAGUACCGGUGUUCCGAGUGCGAUAAGGUAUUCAACUGUCCGGCCAAUCUGGCGUCACACAAGCGUUGGCAUAAACCGCGUGGGGCACACGCGGAAGGAAGAAAGUCUAGCGGCGGUGGCAAAGGGCGCCCGUCGGUGGAAGAACAUGCCAAGGAUGAGGAACCAAUCGAAAUCUUGGAUAACUCGAAUGACGUCCAGGAACCGAGCUCGGUACAGCCUCAGCAAACGCCGCCCAAGGAAGAAUCCUAUCCCUGUGGCCAGUGUGGCAAAACGUUCCAGCGGCAAAGUUACCUCAAGAAGCACUCCGUUACUCACCAGCAGAUGGAACCCACGAUCGUGCGGACCACCGUGCCAGCUGGUGGUAGCGUGGGAACGGAUACCCGAUCACCAAGCUAUGGAUCCCCUUUGCCUUCCUCACCUUCUUCCACGAUUACCGCCGGUGUGCAGCAGCUUCCUCGGUCAUCUCCUGCGUCCGGUGGAUUUGCCGUUGCUUUCGACAAACUGACGCGUCCCUUAGCGACACCGGGCGCCAGCACUUCGACGUUGUUCCCAUUCGCCGCCUGCUACGGUGGCAUGGCAACGUUGGCGAAUGCUGGUGCGGCUGCUGCUGCAGCGGCCGCUGCGGCCGCCGCUAGUUCUAACCAUCAUUACAGCGAACUAGAGAAACGACGCUGGCAAUCACUCGGUGAGCUCUAUCUGCAGCAGCGCGAUCGGCUGUCCGCCUUCCAGUACGUACGGCAUCAUCAGUACGGCGAUUACUUGAAAUGCUUCAAUCCCUUCCAGUUAGGUCGCGAUAAAACCUGACCUAACGUUCUGCGGCCAGUCCCACGUCUGGCCGCAGCCCCCACUCUCUGGUCAUCCCACACGAACCACUCGACUAACCCGACCAACCUACCACCGGCAGCGAUGGCAAGUACCACAGUACAUCCACCACCGACCCAUUCGGA